GAAGUGGGGCGGGUUUACGAUCUCUAUGGCAAUCUUUUGUCGGUCACGGCCAAUCAGGGGCGGUACCGCUCUGCGCACUCCUUCCUCUUUCGGUGGUUAGAGCGCGGGAGGUGAGGUGCCGCCGGGUCCUGGCUUCAGUCAGCUCAAACGAACGCUCCGUACAAAACAUUGUUUACACCGACUUGACAGCUUAUCGACACCGCCGCCUCUACGUCCGAUUAUAUGCCGCUGGCCUGCGAGCAGCGUCUUUAUUACCAUGCCCAAACAUAUAAAAACGCUUCUCAUUUGAGGAACCAUCCAUAGUACUUAAAUUUUGCAGUGGAUCAAGGAUUUCUAAGAGUCAUGCAUUCUCCAGUGCAGAAUGUUUUUGUCAUUGGCCUAGAAAUGGACAGGACCAAAGUUGUAUGCCAGUUUUCUUCACUACAGUGUGAAGCAGUACAUACAUGGAGAAAACAUUGUAAUGCCUUCUCAAGAGGUUACAAUGUUUACUAGAGGAAUUAAGAGAAAAAGUUGUGACCCCGAGGAAGAUAAUGAUGGCCCUCUAGCUGAGGUGAAAACCGUUCCUUCAUACACUCUUGAACGACAGUCAUUACUAGAUAUGUCUCUGGUUAAGCUUCAGCUAUGUCACAUGCUUGUUGAACCCAACCUUUGUCGCUCUGUACUUAUUGCUAAUACAGUACGGCAGAUUCAAGAAGAGAUGACUCAAGAUGGUAGCUGGCACAUUUUUGAUCAAAGAAGAACUGAUCAGUUUCCAUUAGAUCGUCUGGUUUCCACAGACAUCCUUUGUCGUUCAACCAAAGAACAGGAUGAAGGGAGAAUGAAUGAUGAAUAUAUUGCUUACAGUGAAGAACUGGAAGUGCACCAGACCCAAGAAAUUUCUGAACUGCCACCAGUUACUUCACUAAAACCAUUACAAAAUACUCCAAGUAACCUCUGGGAAACUGAAAGCCCACAGGAUAAUAAUAAUAAGGUGCAUUUUCAAAAAUCCCUGGACCAUAUUUUUGAAACAUUGGAAAACAGAAAUGCUACCUGUGUGGAAGAUUUAUUUUCUGAAGUUGAUACCUCCUACUAUGAUCUUGAUACAGUACUGACAGGCAUGAUGGGAAAUUCAAAGCUUGGCCAUUGUGACAUGCUUGAAAGUUUUUCACCUCCAUCAACAACAUCCUCGAACUGCAAGACUGAGCACAAUGAAAUUGAUCAUAUUGUUGAGAUUCUGGUGGAAUCCUGAAACGAUUAUGAUAUACUGAUUGUAAAGUCAUGAUAGAUUGCGGUUAAAUCCAUAAAAUGUCAGCAAUACACUAUAUCAGCAUUACUGUAUCUCUGUUCUUUAAGCAGGCCCCCCUCAGUAAUAAAUAACACAGUAUAUGCAAUACAUAUAAAUAUGUUACAGACCUUUAACAUUUUAGUAGCUUUAUAUGCCACAUUUAUCAGUUCUAUAGGGAUCGGACGCUGCCUAAAAGUGUAUGGCACAAAAAUGGUUAAAUGCCCCUAUUACAGAAAGAUGACAUGGAAAUUCCUACUCCCACGAAUUCCAGAUAACUGAUCCCUUAUGUAUUCUUACUGUCUCUUGUGCUUCCUAUUUGUUUUUAUAGAGAAUUACAUACCCCCUAAUGUAAAAUAUAAGGAUAUUAUAAGUCGCAAAGGAGUUCCAUGACUAUAUAAAGGCAUGAGUCAUGGAACAUGCACUCAACAUUGAUUUACUCCAAAUGCUUUAAUACAGAUUAUGAAGUCACUGGUGACAUCUAAUGUCAUCUUGUCUUACAACAGAACUUUACACUUGUGCUCAUGCUUCAGCAUUGUAUGUUUUUGGAACUCCUUGGUGACUUACAAUAUCCUUUAUUUUAUAAUAGGGCUACAUUAUUCGCUAUAUAAUAUACAAGUUUUAGUGAGUGAUGUAACACAAAUUGCUUUGUUAAGCACAGAUUAUAACUUGUGACAUCACUCUGUGCUAUUUAUAAGGAUAUAAUUUACAAGAUAUUAGUGGCACUUGUCUGUUUUAAAUUAUUUCCUUAUCCCCCUUAUGCAGCCUCCAAAGUGAAACUUUUUUUUUUUUUCUUUUUUUUUAAGGUCAUGAAAUUAAAUAGAAAAUAUGUUCUGUGGUAUACUUUUUCUAAACAAGCUGCUGUUGGAGAAAACCUUAAGCCCAACAGCCCUUAGUUGGAUAGCAAAAGAAAUGUAUGAAGAUGGAGAUCUUUGCUCUUUGGCAUUUCUGAAUUAAGAGUACAUUAAUAAUGCUGUAUGGGUUUAGCCCCAUAUUUUUCACAUAACUUGUUCGACCAAAGGCUCUUCCUUACCCCUCUGUUCCAGCUGUCCUGUGCUGCACUAUACAAUGCCAGUUGGGGACAAAACAGUGUUUAUUAAUGUUUAUAAAUGCAGAGUUUAAUGAUAAUUGGGGGGCAAUAGCAAAAGGCUUCUGAAGUAUGUCCUGUUGCAGAACAAAGCUUUAGAACAGUGGGUUAAAGGAAAUGCCUAAUGUUUUGCUGUCCCAGUGACAUGCUGUACUGUGCUUUCUGAUUUAUUUCUUCCCCAAAGGAAUGCAGGAGUGCCGACAGGGGAGUCUGCACGGGCACAUUUUUUAAAAAAAUCUGCAUAUAGAUUUUAGUUUUAAUUUAAGCAUACUGCAGAACUUAUUUUGGUUUUAAUUUCUCAAUAUUUCCCAUUUAAGUUUUUCUUUACUGAAAGCUUUAAUAUUGUCUGUAGCAUGUGAGCAAUAAUUUACUAUUACUUAAAUUAAGUGGCUUUGAAUAUCUAGUGAAUGAUUCUGCUUAAACUAGGUAAUGUCUGCUAAAGCAAUAUUAAAUAAUAUUGAUAACAUAUGUAUACAUAGAUAUAAAUGGUUUCACUAUUGAAAUAUUCUAUAAAUCAUCUGAAAAGUCCUUGCACUAAGAACCUGCUUAGUGUUAAAAAAGGGUUCUCUAUAAUAGUGGGCAUGGUUAAGGAAACUUUAACCCUUCCCUUACUUGGUCCCUUUCAUCUUGUUGUACCACAGGGCAACCAGAACCAUAGAAUAUACAGCAUCAGCACAUUAUCUCCAUCCACUGUAGAAACAACAGCACAGGCAUACAAGUGUAUGCUUGUGCUGUUGUUUUUACAGUGGAUGGAGAUAAAGACGGUUAGACUGUUGGUAUCCUUGUUACACAUAGGUCUGAUGUUUAUCCUUUCACAUACAGCAGCUAUUUUCUAUCUGUGUCCCUAAACCCCUUUUAUGCCUUUUCUUAUCAUAUACUUGUUUUCCUACUGCCUAGUUCAUGGUCAUAGAUAAUUGAAUGAGAUGUUGUGAAAGUUUUGGUGAGCAGGACAUAUGGGUACUGUAAAUCAUAAACUACACAAAAUUCACUUGGAAUUGAAUUGUUUGAGCAACACACAGUUCCUUUGCAAUAUAAUUGUUCAUUAUGAAUGCAGUAGAUAUUAAUAGUGUAGGUCAGUAACAUUUAUUUACAUUGUGACCAUAUUGCACAUAAUCUUCACCUUUAGUCUGAUCAGUUAGAUUGCAUGGAAAUUAGUGGAUAAGUGUUGAUAACCUUGCAAACACACACUAAUAAUGUGCGCAUCUGGCAUAACGUUAAUUGUUCAGUGAUAAUUGAAUUGACAGCCAUCCAAUUUUGUCAAAAAUGUUUAUUUGUUUCUUAUCUCACAUAGUGAGACACCAUAGAGCUGGGCUUUAUGAGAAUAUAUAGCAGCUCUAUGCAAGCUUUAGAAAAGCCAUCUAAUUAACUUGACUAAAGUCAUACAUUCAGUAGAACAUAACGGGCCACUAGUUACAAGAAGUUCUAGGUUAAAGGGAAUGUUCACUUUCAGACAGUAGUAUCAAUUUGAAGAGCCCCUGUUAGAAAAAAAAAAACACUUGUAAGUCUUGGUCUGUAGCUUCAAAACUAAAAAAUUUCCAUAUAAGAUACAUACAAGAUGAUUACAAACAUGUUUUUUUCUGAUGGGUUCAAUUCGACUUAUCUGAAGGUGAACACCCCCUUUAAAACUACUCUAUAUAUCCUGUUUACAGAUUUUUUUUUUUUUCAAAAAAUGGGGAAGCAGUUUUAAGUUACUGAAAUGUUUCUUUCACAUUCGUUAUAGAGUGUAUUUGUGACUUAUAUGGCUCCUAAGGAUCUCUUUGUUAACGUAGCUAUGAGUGAUAUAUAAGUGAAUUUCAGCGUUUAAGUGAGAUUACUUAAAGUAAUGUCUUUGCAGAUGGAUAUACUCAUAAUGGAUAUACUCUCAAUUUCUAAAGCAUCUUGGUGUUAUGUAUUUUGUUGCAAUUUACAUUAUACUCAGAACAUGGAAGUCAAUGACAAAUAUGAAAAUGUGCUUAGUCUUGCAAUUCUUGCAAUUACUUCAUGUUCUUAAAAAUCUAAGGUCAUAUCAUCUUUUUCUACUGUCUGUUGCAAUUGUAUUGUUUUACUGUAAAAAUAGAUGGGUUAAUCUUGUUGUUCAUGUAGGUUCAUCUGGUUUUACCAGAUAGUAAUCAUGCAUUUGUUAAGACAAACAAGGUCUCGAGAAAUAUCACUUCAUUGCUCUGUGUCUGUGCAACAAUAAAUAUGUAAAAAAACGUUGCAUUUUGCUUGGGAAGAAUGCCUUUAAAGGUGCCUUGACAACUUCUGUGUUAUGUGUAACCCUCAGAAGAAUGCAUGAAUACAACUUUAUGUACACAGACUUACAACCUCCUUUUGCAUGUUGCUUCAUUUCAGAAGGCCUUAUUGCACCAGGUCCUUAUAAGUAUUUGUUUAAAAAGUGAUCUUUUUUUUUUUUGUAAACAUACUUUUGUAAUAUUUGUAAUACAUAAUUUUAUAUGGAUAUGGCAAUCUUGCAAGAAUAGUUUAGAUUUAUAUUUAAACAUAACAUAGUUUUUUAAUAAACAUGUUGAUACUUCUGA